GGAGACAGAGGCAGAGAGCUUUAGACUGGCUUUUCUCCGCUGUGCCUUUCAGCUCCUCUCUCACUGUAGAAAGAGGCGUGUCCAUGGACCAGUAUAAAGUCCAAGGAGAGCCACUCGUGUUGAGCCAUUCUCAGCAGUGAGUCCUUUGCACUGCACACCGGCAGCAAGAGGAGGAAACUACAGCCGUGACUUAAAACGCUGCCUACUUUUUGAUGACCUGCUUUGCAUUUGGACACUUGUAAACCAGAUUCUUUGGAAGGCGGGCGAGCCUCUGGACUCGGAGACAGAGCAAGGGCUCACCUGGUGGAUAUCCCUGCUGUUCAUUCCACCGUAACAAAAAAAACUAGUUCUUAUCACCACGACACUCGCCAGCUGAGCAGAUCAAGAGGCAGGCUCCAGUUUCUGCGCUGUGAAACUGAAUCAGAGGAACGGAGAGGCUAAGACAGCAGAGGCAUUGUGUCCCUGCAAUUGAAACACUAACCAGCUGAACAUAUCAAAGACUCUCCUGGACAAAGCGUUCCUCUCAAACCUCCUCUUGCUUGUCUUGUAAAAAAAAAAAAAAAUCUGCUGCUGAGGUAGAAAGUGAUCAAAAAAGCUGCACCACACUCAGAGGACAGAGGGAGGCUGAGGGGACCAUACACCAGGGCAGAGGAUUGUGUGCAGGUGCCGGGUGCUGCCAUGGGUCGUGGAGGUGGCGUGGCAGCAGCUCCGUCUUGCUGGGGCCUGUGGGUGUUUGGUGCCCUGUCGCUGGCGGCGCUCUGCCUGUCGGACCAGGCCAUCCGUUGCCCAGUGUGCUCCGAGGAGAGGCUGGCCAGCUGCCGCCUGCCGGAGGGCUGCGAGGAGACGGUGAAGGAGCCUGGCUGCGGCUGCUGUCCCACCUGCGCCCUGCCAAGAGGGGCGCACUGUGGCGUCUACUCGCCCCGAUGUGGGACGGGCCUCCGCUGCUACCCGCCACGUGGCGUGGAGAGGCCACUGCACUCGCUGAUGCAUGGCCAGGGGGUCUGCACCGACGAGAGGGAGGUGGAGGAGAACUCAGCAGUUGACAGGCAGGAAGAGAUCAUCCUCGAACAUCCGAACAACAGCAAUAUCCGGUGCAGUCCACAGGACAAGCGCUGCAUACAGAAGACUUUGGCCCGACACCCUCCGAAAUCCACAAAUCAGAGAAACAACGCCGCCAGAGAGGACACCAAGGCGGUGCUGGUGGGAGACGUCUUAUCAGUUUCACAGAAAACAACGAAACAAGGCAAUCCCUGCUGCUGCACAUGCCUCAGCAGGUGUUUCACAUUAAGGCUCCGUGUCGCGCCGAGCUACAAAGAGCGCUCGACAGAUUGGCAUCAAAUACCCGCACACAUGACGAUCUCUUCACAAUCCCCAUACCAAACUGUGACAAGAAUGGAGACUUCCACGCUAAACAGUGCCAUCCUGCUCGUGACGGCCAGCGGGGAAAGUGCUGGUGUGUGGAUCAGAAGACGGGGAUGAGGCUGCCGGGGCCGCUGGAGCUUCGAGGGGAUCUGGACUGCCACCAAUUAAUGACAGCAACCCUGAGGGACUGAGGAUAGAGGCAGUAGCGGUGCAGGACCAGCUGAAUCCUAGUGGUGCUCAUUAGUAGAACUACAUGACUAAAGGACUUCAUCCUUAGGCCUCACUCUACCUGAGGCCAACGGUACUUGAGCUUGUGCAACAAAAAAGAAACCAUUGAAUUGAGUUCUUUUGCUAUUUUUGUUUCUGCGUGUGAGAGUGUGUGAUCCGAAUCUUCUGAGCACUUGUUGUGUUUUGUUUUCUACAAUGUGAACUUCAGGCUGAUGGUCUUUAGACACAUACGCUUUAAAGUACCAGGUGGCAGACAGAAAAAAAACACACUUCCAGUUGUAGUUGUGAUCUUUGUAAGAAUGCAGAGUGUGUUGUUUUCUCUAAUGUAACUUCAGUGUAGUUCUUUAAAAAAAAAAAAAAUGACAAGAAAAUGUAUCCACUCCACCCAAUAAUCAAACCAGGAGCUGUUAGUCUUAUUCUUUCUGGAGAUGCAUCAGGACAAUCCAGAGAUGCUCCAUCAAAGGAUUGUGCACUCGUUUUUCAAACAAUUUAUGUGGCUCUUUAUUCUACUGUUGUAUAUUUCGUAAACCCCAUCCGUCUGGUAAGUAGGUUAAAGCAAACCAUAAAAUGUGUUUGCGCAAAGUCUAGUUAAGGGACAACAACCAGAGUAGCAAUAUAAGAUGAAACAAUGAAAAAAGAAGAAGCAGGGUUUACAAAGGAAUGCAAGAACCACACCCUCAUCCCCCCAUUCCAUGUUGAGUUACCGAAUGAUAAGCCAUAGCUUUUCACACCAUGGAGACCAAAGUGAAAAGUGAGAUUAGUCUGAAAAACUGUAUCUUUGCAACCCAGAAUAGAUUUGCUUCAUCAACCCGUGGUUCACUCUGCACCCCUCUCUCUUUGCCAACUCUCUUGCAUGAAGGACUGGCAGCGUAGCUGGGCUAGAAACUCUGUACACUGCUGAUAGGAUAAUCCUGUUUCUCCAGCUAGUGCUAAGAUGCCAGUAUGACUCUCGUGUUUGUAUGAAUAUGCUUUGACGUACAGGAUUUCUCUCCAAACAGACUGCUUGGCAGAACUUUGGUGGUGCUACAUAUUGAUUGUGCCAAAAUACAAAACAACAACAAAAAAAAGGCUUCUGCACUUUUUGUGCAUUGCUUAGGUUUGAAAGUGGAGCAUCAGCAAGUGUAAGAAUCACCUUCAAUGUUCUCAUCCACAUAUAAACAUCCCAUAUUAGCUUUGCACUAUCACUGCAGCACACUGGCAGAAUGUUUCCAUGGCCAGGCGUGAUGUGUUUUAAAUAUAGACGCAGAGUGUAAAAACUUUUAAUGAUUAAGCUUCUGGCAGCCAACCAACUUCUAGCUAUCAUGGUGUGGCUGUAAAGAUAACACGAUGAUAAUGAGGAAACCAGGAAUUCCUCUGUUAAUCUCACACAGCUAGUUAUCAGCCAUCUGUAGAUCAUCAUAAUAUUAACUGAAGGAGUGUAUUAACAGUGACAUAGCUACUCAAAUACAUACUUUAGACACUGUGGUUGGAGGCUGGUGGUGUUCUGGUGAGUCCUGAGUUGCAGAUUUAAGCUGUAUGGAGAAGCUGCUUUAUCUGCUCCACCUUUGGUUAUUGUUGACUCAAGAAAAGAUUACUGGUGUCAGUGGCACCACAGAGAAGAGGCAAUAAGCAAAGUAGCAUCAUGGCAUUAGUGUGUCAAGUGCAGUGUAGUGAUAUCAGAGAUGCUGAAAAGAAAAAUAGUCAUUUACUCUCAUACAAUAGAUUGCUGGCUCCACCAUCUGAUUUUACCUCGACAUCAUAGAAGUCUUAAAUUUGAGUAUUAGAGCCCAAGAAACUGAGGGUACAUCCACACGAAUACGUUUUCAUUUUAAAAUGUCUAACUUCUGCUACGUUUAGCUAGCGUCCACACAUUUCUGGCAUUUAGAAAUCCUAAAACAGAGAGUUAUGCAAACUCUAAGGUUGUGUUUAAGUCUAAACUGACAAAAAAAGAAGACUUUUGGAAGCAAUGUUGCAGACACCCAUGUUUGCUAUUUGAUUAAUCGUCACUACGUGUUCUCUCCUGAUUCAUCAAGCUCCGCUCACACGACAGGAAGAAAACAAAGACGUCAGUUCUGACAAGCAGUGGUUAAUUUAAUUCAAUACGGAUAAUGAAAAACAGGCAUUGUCUCUGGUAGUGUCUGUUGUGCAGUUCAGGAACUCCUCUAGUCUUACUUUUGACCAUUCUUUCUCUUCCUUUGUAGUAUUUUCAGCAACUGAGCAACCAGCCGCCUGCCUCAUGUUAACAUCGGCACCCACAUAUCCAAUGUAUGUUCAUGAGACACGCCUUUUCAAGCAUGUUAUAAAAAACAAACUGAAAUAGUUGCAAAAUGCUUGUGUGGACAGGUAUUGUUGUUGUUUCAAAAUUCCGUUCUAAAAUAAAAAUGUGGUAGUGUGUUUCUUCAGCAAAUCUGAUUUAAUUGCAGAAGCUUGCGUUUCUCUAAUUUGCUUAUCAUCCCAUUCAGUACAACAUACAGCCUUCAAAGGGGUGUACUAUGAAGCAAGAUUAAUGCUAUCGCGAGGUGUGCAGAGCGUAAAUCCAGAGUUUUUAAUGUCCCAAAGGUGAAUCUCUUUCAGUCUGUCAGAUGAUCAUGGUAACUGAUGCUGUUCAGGGUUUGGGAUAUAAAUCCGCUGUAAGCAGUGUCUCUCUUUCACCGAUUGUUUUCCAGAUGAUUCUCUCUGAGCGAUACAGAUUCUCAGCUAUGGUUUCAGCUACAAACAUAUUGAGUUGUAUGCAUUGUGUUGCCAUGAUAACCUACAUGCAUUCAGCUGGUGAUGCCACAAAUGCAAAAUUAUGUCUAUAUGCUUGAUCCCGAUUUGAUGCCAAGUCCGUUUUACACUGUUGAAAUUGCAACAAAUUUUCAAUCAAUAAUAUUAAUUUCACUUUGAUUUGGUCAAAAGUGACUUUCAUGUUUCCUUCAUUAUGGGUCAAUGUCAGACCAAAAUGCACUUCUUGAUGUUUAAAUGUAUAGCUCUAAUGUGAAGAUGUCAUGUUAGAAAUAAGUGGCUACAUUGAGAGUCACUGAGCGCUAAAAUAAAUAUAGUAGCUUAAAAUAAUGAACAGAUUUCUACCAGUGUUCCUCUCUGGCUUUAUUUGCAGUAUGGUGUUGCUUUUCAGUCAUUAUAAAUUGAAUAUCCUUCAUAGCUCUUAAUUAUAGCAUCCUGCUCCUCUUUAUCGAAGUCGGCAACACAUGACUGGUCUGUUUUCUAAGUCAAAUGAACCAUCAAACAUCUUCUUUUAUGUGACCGUGUGCAGAAUCUGGUGAAGAAAACCUGGUUAACAAAGAAACCACCAUUAUCUCUGUUUGUGGUUUUAGGUUUUGUUGAGCCAGAUAACACAAAGAAAGCCUGUAUAUGUUAAACUUGCUUCAUAGUACAGCCCUCCUUCUGUUGCUCUCUCCCAGUAAUCUCAUCCCAGCUAACUCCAAACAGCUGCCACAAAACAAAUCUGAUAAAUUUUCUCUCGUCUUCAUUUUUUUAAAAUUACUUGAGGGCUUGUUUUAGAUUUAGUUACACUCACAACAUUCUAAUUUAAAAAAUACCUAGACUUACACUUUGUAAUGAUGUAAUGAUGAUUGAAGGUGACUUCUUUUCUUGUCUCUGUGUUAGUUGAGUUGUUCUGUAAUAUAUAGUACCAAACGUUUGGUCCCUAGUUAUUAAUGAAACUGCAAACUGUAAGGAAUUUUAUCCAAUCACUGAGGCUCAGUUUAUACUAAGACAGUGUUUGUGCAGUUUUAAUUGUCAGUAACAAAGAACUGUAUCCAAAGGAAGUUCACCAAAACACAGACAGACAGACAGACAGACAGACAGACAGACAGACAGACAGACAGACAGACAGACAGACGGUGGUGGAGAAUCGUUGCGACAGCUAAAAAUAUCAAACACCAAAUAUCCUAAAAAUCGCUCCAAAGACUUCAAGCACAAAGACGUCAAUACUCAUUCAGUGAACUGCAUGCGCACAAAGAACGUUCCAGCAGAUUCCUAUCUUGUAAUUCAUCAACUAAUGAAGUGUAACUAAACACAUUUCGAACAGUCUUAAUCUUUGAGAGAGAUGGCAAACAGUUUUGGCUUUGAUUUCGUAAAGAAAAGCCUUCUAACUACAUAAAUGGUGUACUUAAGCUAUAGUGAGCUGCUUGAUCUCUAACUUUGCUGUACUGAACUGUAAUUACGUUUCUCCAGAAUAGACUGUUCCUUGUUUGCAUUUGAUAUUAUCUGUUAAUGUGUAGAAGAUAUGAAGUAAUGUUUGCAUGCAUACGGACGGACUGGGGUUGGAAGCAGCUGGAAACAGCUGUGCGUAUCUUGUCCACAACAGGAUUGUUAUACUCAAACACUGAAGUGAUCAAAAAACUGAAAUAUAGAGUUUCAAUCAAUGAAAUAAUCAGUUACAUUGUAAAUGUUUACCUGAUGAAAAUGUACACAUUGUAAUACAUCAAUUAAAACACUUUAGAAACUA